GUAUCAAUGAGUCUCCGAAGCCUUUUUUGUCAAGAAAAUAUGGAAUUUCAGAGGAAGAUUACGAUUGGUGGAAGAACAUAUAUCGGGAAGGUCACAACAUCAGUGUCUACAAUACAACAGUGGACAAACUGUUCCAGAUGUUCCCACACAUUGCAGAUGUUGCAGAAUCCAACAAUAAACGCUGCACGACUUGUGCUGUGGUGGGGAAUUCUGGUAACUUGAAGCGAUCACACUAUGGACCUCUCAUAGACUUUCAUGAUAUCGUAAUAAGAAUAAACUAUGGCCGUACCAAAGGCUAUGAAGCAGAUGUUGGGACCAAAACGACUCAUCGAGUAAUGUAUCCGGAGAGUGCAUCUUAUUUGGACAACACCACUAGUCUUGUGCUGUUUCCAUACAAAAUAAAAGAUUUCCUGUGGCUCAUUGACAACUUCAAACAAGG